AUGUCUAACCACAGCUCCAUCACCCAGUUCCUCCUCCUGGCAUUUGCCAACACACAGGAGCUGCAGCUCUUGCACUUCUGGCUCUUCCUGGGCAUCUACCUGGCUGCCCUCCUGGGAAACGGCCUCACCAUUACUGCCAUAGCCUGCAACCACCAUCUCCACACACCGAUGUACUUCUUCCUCCUCAACCUCUCCCUCCUUCACCUGGGCUUCAUCUCCACCACUGUUCCCAAAGCCAUGGCUAAUUCCCUCCGGGACACCCGGGCCAUUUCCUUCUUUGGAUGUGCUGCCCAGGUCUUCUUUGUAUUCUUGUUUGGUGCAGAGUAUUCUCUCCUCACCAUCAUGGCCUAUGACUGCUACAUUGCCAUAUGCAAACCCCUGCAUUAUGGGACCCUCCUGGACAGCAGACCUUGUCUCAAAAUGGCAGCAGCUGCCUGGGGCAGUGGGUUUCUCAGUGCUGUGCUGCACAUUGCCAACACAUUUUCACUAUCACUCUGCCAAGACAAUGCUGUGGACCAGUUCUUCUGUGAAAUCCCCCAGAUCCUCAAGCUCGCCUGCUCAGAUGCCUACCUCAGGGAAGUUGGGCUUCUUUUGUUUUGUGUGUGUUUAGCAGUUGGGUGUUUUGUUUCCAUUGUGCUGUCCUAUGUGCAGAUCUUCAGGGCUGUGCUGAGGAUCCCCUCAGAGCAGGGACGGCACAAAGCCUUUUCCAUGUGCCUUCCUCACCUGGCCGUGGUCUCCUUGUUUAUAAACACUGGCAUGAUUGCCUACCUGAAGCCUCCCUCCAUUCCCUCCCCAUCCCUGGAUCUGGUGGUGGCAUUGCUAUACUCAGUGGUGCCUCCAGCAGUGAAUGCCCUCCUCUACAGCAUGAGGAACCAGGAGCUCCAAGAUGCACUGAAGAAGCUGAUUCAAUCAGUAGUCUUUCAGAAGAAGUAA